UUUUAUCAGACGAAAACUGGUUCUGCAACGAAGAUUCAAAAAGUGAUGUUUGAAGCGCCAACGGGUGAAAAGAUCAAGUCACCCAAGCAGCUUGAGAAGUACCUCAAGGCUCAUCCGGGGAACCCGGACAUCACUGACUUUGAUUGGUCUAAUGGGGAGACUCCAAGGAGAUCUGCAAGGAUCAGUCAAAAGAUGAAGGCUACAACGCCCACUCCUGAUGACAAAGAGCCUCCCGUGAAGAAAAGACGCUCUUCUCUCA